AUGAUGUACAUUUGCAGAACCAUGCCUUCAUCAAUCAGAGACUCCCUUCUGCAGCAGUUAUUACUUGCUUUUGAGGAUAAAAAUCUAUUGGUGGACAGGGAUACUAGCCAGGAUAGCGAUAAUUCCUUUGAGGUGAUACACUUCUCUUGGUACAACCAGCAUGCCACCAGGGUGAGCAACACCAAAUGA